GCGUAAUUCACUUUUUGAGUUUUAUAACUUUGGAUUUUUCCUUGAGUGGCUGUUGAAUGUAAAAUUAGGGUUAUAAAUUUAGCAAACUUUGGUUUUAAGCUUUUCUCCACCGAUUGUUGAAAGAUGAGGAAACCUUCUCCACCAAGCGGUAUGUAUAAACCAAAAUCCCCAAUGACUUGCAGGAAUUUGUGAUGAAAAAAUCGAUAAUAGAGAUGGCUGGGAUAAACAAUACCAAUGAGCCAAGCACAGCGCCGCAAGCCGAUCGGUGGUACAAUUUAACUCUAGGCUCAUCCUUCAAGGAUCACAAUCCCUCCAAAUUUCGCACUUUCCGAUAUGAGUUCAAGCCAGCUUCGAUUGAUAAGAAUCAGCAUGGCACAUUGCACAAGAGCAAGGACAACAAGGUCACAGUCGAGUUCCAAAACAUACAGCCUGGGAAGCCCAAGAUGAUUUUUGAGGGAACGAGUGAGGAUUAUAAAGACAGUGAUGCUGUUCUCUUCUUUGACGGUGAGUCCUUUCGGUUAGAGCGUUUGCACAGUGCAGUGAAGAGGCUGAGACAUAACAGGAUGCUGAGUGAAUCCGCUGGACUAACUUCUGGACCCGUGGGACCUUCAGAAGCGAGUUCUCCGCCUGUUGGGAAAGGGGUCAAGCAUCACAUGGUGAACAAGGAGAUUUAUCAUCCUAUGCCUGUUGAAGUUGAACGAAUUGAGAUUGGUGAUUUCAGAAACUCAGACCCGAAAGUCAGACCAGACGAAACAAUAGAGCACUGCCCGACUCCCCAACCAAACCCAUCACCCGACCCUAAGAAGGAUGACGAUGAUGAUGACCUGGACUUGGACUUGCAUCUUGACAUCAUGAACGAUGAUGAAGAAGACAACAUCAACAACAGUAGUAACAAUGUAGAAGGUAGCAUAGAAGUUAAAGAAAUCGACUUUGAUAUCAACGUGCCAGCUCAGCAAGCGAACACGGAUGACGAGAUUGCAGAUGUUGAUGUCAGCGAUGACGAGGGUGGCCCCAAUGCUGCUGAGGCCCUGAGGGCACAGGUGAUGAAUGCUCAGGAAAGGCAGAGCUCCAGCUCUGGAAGUAGCAGUGGAGGGAGUGACAGUAGCGACAGUGGGAGUGGAAGUAGCGAAAGUAGUGCAAGUGGGAGUGGCAGUAGCGAAAGCAGUGAUGCGGACUCGGUUAACUCAAUUUGAGGAUUUAACUUGAAAAAUGAGGACCACUCUAUUUUUGUAAUAUUAAUGUGGAAAAGAGAGGAAUAUCUAUUAUUUGGUAUAAUGAUCUGGGCAUGGUUCGACAUCUUUUCUUCGUUUGCGUAUUCUAAAUUUUUUGUUUGGAGGUGCAUAUGCCCAGUUGAGUAAUUUGUAUGUUGAGAACACUAUGGAAAUUAUACAUAUGUAAGAAUAGAGGCAUAUCUUUCUUGUUCUUUUUAUGCGAUCUUCUCUUCUUCUCGUUGAUGAUAAUAA